ACUAUAGUGGCUGCGGCCAGUUGCGCUUGGUAUUCCGUAGUAUUGACUUGUUACUAAGACACCUCUUGUCACAACAGUUUAACAACAUUUUAAGCUGUGUACGUGACUGAAUCGUUCAUCCCACAACUUGCCAUCUAAUUGGUGUGUGUGUGUAGUGUUUUGGAAGUGCCAACAUGCCAGGACAGUGUCCAAGGUGCCAGAAGGCGGUGUACUUCGCUGAGGAGAAGAUUGUCUUGGGUCGACCAUAUCACAAGAUGUGCAUCAAGUGUGCCAAAUGUAACAAACUCCUGGACAGCAGUACCUUCACCGAGCACGAUGAAGAGAUGUACUGCAAGAGCUGCUAUGGUCGUCUCUUUGGCCCAAAAGGUUAUGGGUAUGGGGUUGGGGCAGGUGUUCUCUCCAUGGACGAUGGCACAAAGUAUCAGAAUGGACCACCCAAGUCCAACAUCCCCGCAACCAUGGAAGCUUAUGUGGCACCUCUGAAGCAAGCAGCACCAACGACAAAACCAGUACGACCCAAAUGGGGAGGUGCUGAUUACUGUGUCAGAUGUUCUAAACAGGUGUUCAUGGCAGAGCGGAAAAUGGCAGCUGGGGGAGCAUGGCAUAAGGCAUGUUUCAACUGUCGUGAAUGUCACAAAUGCCUCGACUCCCACUCCAUUCGUGAACGUGAGCAGGAUAUCUACUGCAACCCUUGUUAUGGGAAGAACUUUGGCCCAAAGGGGUACUGGGGAUGGUCAUCUGCCAAGGUGUCGUAAAUUUGAUGUUGGACCUGCAGACGUAUUGAUUUGGAUUCACCUCAUCACUUCCUGUUCAGACACACCUAGUUUAGAUCUCUAACUUUUAGAAGGUUCACAUAUGUCAUUUUCAUACAUAUAUGAUAAAGUACAUAAUUUGUAUGAUAAUUAUAAGCUUAAGGUAAUGUGAAACAAAACUUCUAUGUCUUUUUCAUUUUCAAAUGUGUAUAAAAAGUUAAUAGUACAGUAAUUAGUUUGAUGGUGAUAUGAAAUAUUUGAUAAACUGUAAUCAUUAGAAUGUACACAUUUUUUCUUGUCACACAAAUAUCACUGAAGACUAAUAUUGAUUAGUUAGUUACUUAAGGUGUAGUGAGACAAAAAUUAUAUGUCUGAUAACUUGUUUUAACAAAAUAAGAGUAAGUGUGUUAUUAAUACUGUAAGCUGGAGAGCUUUAUUGCUAUUUAAUACUACAGUAUAAUGUUAAAGAAGUGUACUGUAUUGCCAUUCACUGUUUGUUAAAGAUAAUUUUCUUCAAAGCCUUGCAUGUUAUACUUGCAGUCACAUGAGACAUAAGUUUCAAGCUUCAUUAUCAGUGAAAUAUCUUCUCUUACUCCCAUUUUUGUCCUGAUCAUUCUUGAUAUAUAUUUGAUCGAGUAAUUUCAGUCGAUUUUGUUCCAUUAUAACAAGCACUCUAGUGUUUGAGCUAAGACUUUGUUCUUUACUGUUAUUGUAAUUAUUAACAAACUAUGCAUGUCUUUUAUUUGUUUUUAAGCAAAAUUACAAGCAGGAAAUGUCUAUACCCUGUAUGUAAUAUUUUAUGACGAAUACGAUCUUGUAAGCCAUAAGUCAGUUUCUUUUACAGUUUUAUAGAGUGGGCCAUUUAUGAAUCUAGCAUGGGGUAAAUACAUUCUGACAUGGUAUAACUUUAGGAAUCUUAUAUGACUGGAGAAAAUUACAAGUACACCAUAUUAUUGGUUUGUGGAUGUCUCGUACAAUAAAAAUUAGAGGACACUGCCAUGUUGGUUUUGUCCUUUAUAUUCAUUCUUGCAUAUACUGCAGACUCGAUAAAAUAUAGUAGAAGAAAAAAAUAAUUCUAUUGAAAUUAUUUCGCUUGAAUGAUAUACAGUAUCAGAAAAAUGGAUUGAAUUUUCAUACACUGCAGUCUUUGCUAUUUAUACAAAGAUUCACUACCUGGAUUUCUUUUAUAUUUUGGUUUGUAAAGGAUUAUGUGAAAGGAAUUCAUCUAAUUGUCAUUAAAUUUGUGUUAGCUCAUAGGUUGUAUUCUUUUGUAUCUCACGUACAGUGCUAAGAGGAAAAGGGAGCUUUUGGUGUUACCCUGGUGUUUACUUUUUUAUAUUGGCAAAUUUUUGGUUGAAAUUGUAAAGAAUCUAAUUCCUUAACUAAUUAUUUAAUUUUGUAGUGCGUUACCCUAUAUAAUUUUGUCAACAUAUUUCGGGAUUCAUUUUUAAUUUGGAGAAAAAAAUGUAAUUAGACGAGAUUAGCUGUCCCUCCGACAGUAUAUAAUGCUUGAUAGUGUAGUGAUGUAUACUGUGCACCCUCUUCAAUAAUAUUUUCAGCAGUGAUGUUGAGGAUUAUAUAAAAUAAUACAAUUCUUCCAGCUCACAUCCAUAAUACUGUACAGUACAGUACCAAGCUGAAGUUAGUAGGUGUUACUUGAGGAAAAUGUUUUAAAAGAAGUGUAUGGUUAUUUAUAACUACUAACAUAAUCCUUUGAGUUUUGUCAGGUAUAUUCUAGCUGUGAAAACUGAAGAAUGUGUAGAAAGUAUUUUGCAUGUACAUUUAAGAUGUAUUAUGAUUACAUGUUCAUGUGUGUCUGUUUUUUCACACGACAGGAGUUAUAUAUUGUAAGAAUCCUUCAUGUAAGAAUCGUGUUUGCAUUUCCUUAUAUAAAUAUCCUCCAUGACUGUUUACUUGGAUAUGCAUCAAUAUUGGUUUAUUCAGAAAAAGUAAUGUGAAUAAUCUGGUAAAGGAGCCUAAAAUUAAGGCCAAGUUAAUUUCCAUGUUAGUUUGUAAGGAAUUAUGUAAAGUACAAUAGAUAAGUGUAUUUUGGAAAAAUGCAAAUGAAUGCCGAUUUACAAAUCUUUUUGUAUGUCUAGAAAUUUAAAUUAAUUUUGUUACACUAAGAAAAGGAACUAUUGAGAAUUAUUGUAUUAAAAAAAAAAAAAAAACUGUGGUUACAUUAAUACAGUUUGAUGUUUUGUUUAGGAUUCCAUAAUGCAGUGCAUAUGAUCAGGCUCAGCAGUAGUGGACUUUUUAAUGGGUUUAUGCAAAACAAAACAUAAGGUUAAGCAUAUAUUUUGAUGUAAGCGUAUAUUUUGAUGUAAGCAUAUAUUUUGAUGUAAGCAUAUAUUUUGAUGUAAUAAUUAACAAAAUAAAUGUGAUUUGAUGAAAA